GUGGGCGUGGGGGGCGGCAGCGCGGGUCCGAUGCGGAGAAGCGGAGCCCGAAAUGGCUUCGGCGGGAGGCGGCGACCGCGAGGGCGCCGUGCCGGACGCCGACCGCCCGCACCCGCGGCCCUUCCUGAUCGGGGUGAGCGGCGGCACCGCGAGCGGGAAGUCGACUGUGUGUGAGAAGAUCCUGGAGCUGCUGGGGCAGAACGAGGUGGACCACCGGCAGCGCCAGCUGGUCAUCCUGAGCCAGGACCGGUUCUACAAGGUCCUGACGGCCGAGCAGAAGGCCAAGGCCUUGAAGGGGCAGUACAACUUCGACCACCCAGACGCCUUCGACAACGACCUGAUGCACAGGACUCUGAAAAGCAUCGUGGAGGGCAGGACCGUGGAGGUCCCAACCUACGACUUUGUGACCCACUCGCGGCUGCCCGAGACCACGGUGGUCUACCCUGCGGACGUGGUCCUGUUUGAGGGCAUCCUGGUGUUCUACAGCCAGGAGCUCCGGGACAUGUUCCACCUGCGCCUCUUCGUCGACACAGACUCUGACGUCAGGCUGUCCCGGAGAGUUCUCCGGGACGUGCAGCGAGGGCGGGAUCUGGAGCAGAUCCUGACGCAGUACACCACCUUCGUAAAGCCAGCCUUUGAGGAGUUCUGCCUGCCGACCAAGAAGUACGCGGACGUGAUCAUCCCGCGCGGGGUCGACAACAUGGUCGCCAUCAACCUGAUUGUGCAGCACAUCCAGGACAUUCUGAACGGUGACAUCUGCAAGUGGCACCGCGGGGCCAAUGGGAGGAGCUACAAGAGGACCUUUUCUGAGCCGGGAGACCACCCUGGGGUGCUGACCUCGGGCAAGCGCUCGCACCUGGAGUCCAGCAGCAGGCCCCACUGAGGGCUGGGGCGGACGCGUGCAGUCGGGGGGCCGGGCCUGGGCACGCGCCUGCCCCCGGAGCGCAGCCACCGCCUCCUGUCCACGUGUUCCGGGGCGGUGCUGGGACCAAGGCCCUCCUCUGGCGAGCGGCCCGGCCGUGUCACUCGCACUCGGGCCGGCGGCUGGGCGUUCCUGAGAUUUUCACCUGCGUCACGUCUGCAGGUUUAAAGUCUCGGUCACGGUCACUGAGAACGCCACAGGGCGUGUGCUUGCCCGCGGGCUGCCCUGAGAGGCUUCCAGAACCAUCCGUCCCACACACAAGCCCGACGCAGGCAUUUGCACGAGAACGCCAUCGGUUUACGUGUUACGUGGCUUCGUGCUUUGUUCCGUUUGCGGCGCAGGGCUGGCCGGGCCGUGAGCCGGCCUGGUGCACCGAGGGCGCCCCCUACCCGCCUCGCCUGAGCGUGAGAGGCAGGGCCCUGGGGGCAAGCAGCACUCCUGACCAGCAUCCAGGUCACAGGGCCGGCUGUCCUGUGGCCGGGCUGUCCUGUGGGUCAGGCCCAGGAGCCCGCGUGGAGUGGCCGGGCCUCGCAGUCUUUGAGCCCGAGGCGCUGUCUGGACAGGCCGUUCCCUGCAGAGCCCGGGCCCAUCCAGGCGUGCACUGACCACAGGGGUUCAAGGCCAAAGCCAGCUGGUCUCCCCCACGCCCAUCCCGAGCUCACAGCCUCACCAAGGACCUGUGUGUGGCGCCGUGCUGGCCUCUCGCGGUGCCGCAGGCGUGGCACCUGACACGGUUUGCUCCGUGGCUGGUUUCUGACACUGUUAACAGUUUGGUUAAGUUCAUGCUCUUUUGGAGGGAGAAUCAAUAAAUUUAAUAACACCAAAUACG